CCUAAAACAAAAAAUUUCCGGUGUCCUUCUUCCUCCUUCCCCAUUUUCACUCAAUCCAAACUUCACUUCUCUGUUCUUCCUCAUCCUCUACCUGCAUAAUCAUGGAUAGAAUUUGUGUUUCUUUAUUUCUGUGGAUAAAGAUAUGAAAGUAAGGUGAGGAAGAAUGACGAACUCCGUUUAGGGCAAGAUUUCGUCUAAUUUACUUUGUGUCUUCUUUUCCGUUUUGACGCUCCGGAGCCUAAAAUGCCGGUUCCGAACAAUGCUUCUUGUAGCCACGAUGUCAGUGUGCCUAUAAAUUGCAGCAGCCGAGGGAGUCUAGCUGGUUCUGAAGCUAAUGGUGAUGUUUCUGCUUCUUCUUCGGAGAAGAUAAAUAUCAAUGUUCUAUCUGUGCCCCAGAAUCAUCCGCCGUCAAAUCCUUCUGAUAUGGUAAAGAUUGAGUGCGCCGAAGACAUGUCGCUGUGUGCACCAAGGAAUGGUAUGAAUGAUUUUUCAGGUGGGGUUGUUCCAGCAGUUAAAGCCAAGGAAAAUAAACUUACCGACUUUGAAUUCGAUGAACUUGAUCACGUUGUAUUGAAAGACAGACAAAAAUUGCUGCUAAAAAGGAAACUAUUGGAAGCGGCAAAACCAGUUCUGGAGGGUAAUUCUGUUAGCCUGUCAGAAGAUCUUACAGGAACGUCUACUAGGAGAAUCAAAGAAGAGCCUCAGUCUGAUAAUGGGGAGUCAGAGCUCUCAGCAGCUAGGGAUCAAAUUGUUGCAAUUUCUGAAAGAAAUGGCUCUGAGCUUUACGGAAGUUCUGCCAAUGAUGCAUUAAGUAUGGAACAGUCUGCUGAUAGAAUGAAAGAUGAGCUUCAGUCAGUUGAUGAUAAGUUGGGAACUGGUGUUGAAGAAUGUGGCAGGAUAUGUCAACCUGAGAGAAAUAGCGUUAAUGGUUUGACUGUACAGGCCUCUGUCAAAGUUAAGGUUGAACCAUCAGAUAAUAAUGACUUACAAAAUCCUAGCAUGAAGACAGUUGAUAACUUGGCUUUGGGAGCAGUGAAGAGUGAAGUGGAUAUAUCUGAUGUAGAUCACGUGCCAUUGCAAGAUAGGUUGAAGCUGCCGACAUCAGUUGACAAUUCAGAAAUGAAUAUUUUGGUUAGUUAUGAGUGCUUGGGGAAAACUGAGUUUGCUGCCUUAGACCAUAGUGCGGGGUUUUCAGAAUAUGCCAAACCAAAAAGGGUUGGCCGUCCUAGAAAGAGGAGGAAGACUGCCACGGAUUCAAUUGAAACUGCAUUGGAAGAAGAUGCACCCGGACUUUUAAAGGUUUUGGUUGACCAAGGUGUAUCAGUCGAUGAAAUUAAGCUAUACGGAGAGGAGAGCACUGAUGCCCUAGAUGAAUCAUUUAGUGAAGAAAGCUUUUCCGAGCUUGAAGCUGUGAUAACAAAGCUAUUCACUCAGCGCAGCUCCUCUCUGAAGUUUGCUCCUAUACGAUAUCCAAAGGAAUCAAGACCUAGUUAUUGCGUAGCUUGUCUAUUCUCUCUAGUGGAGCAGACUCGCUAUCUGCAGUUUCGUAAAUGGCCUGUUGAAUGGGGUUGGUGCCGAGAUUUGCAGUCAUUUAUAUUUGUCUUUGAAAGACAUCAUAGAAUAGUUGUUGAACGUCCUGAAUAUGGUUUUGCUACAUACUUUUUUGAGCUGGUAGAUUCCUUACCCAUUGAGUGGCAGGUCAAGCGGUUGGUGACUGCCAUGAAGCUUACUAGCUGUGGCAGGAUUACAUUAAUUGAGAACAAACCACUUUCGGUUGGAGAUGACUUGAGUGAAGGUGAGGCUAAGGUGUUGAUGGAGUAUGGUUGGGUCCCCGGUACUGGCUUGGGAACAAUGCUCAACUACCAGGAUAGAGUUGUUCAUGACAGGAAGAAUGAGAGUGACAGCUCGGAAUGGAGGUCAAAAAUAGGAAAGCUGCUAAUGGAUGGUUACUGCGGUGGAACUGUUGUCUCAACGACUACCAUAAACGAGCUUGAAGAGGAUGCAGGGAACGCGCAGCAGGUUAAGAUGGAACCACUAAUUUGAGAAAUAAGAAUUGGGUCUCUUCUACUCUUUAUUUGUAACAAUUUCUUACUUUCAUGUGUACUGAGAAUAAAAACAUGUAGAAGGUAUUAUGAUAUAAAAAGGAGAAUUAGUG